AUGAAUGAAAAUACUCAAGUCUCUUUAUUAAAAGAAGAUGCUAAGAUUGAAGAAUUAGAAAAAGGAUUGAAAGAAAAAGAAAUAUUGUUAAGACGAAAAUCUUUUAGAGAGAAAAAAUUUCUGCCUUGUAUUUAUGGAUACAACGAGCCUCAUCUUCAACCUAGUCGUUUAUGGAAACACAUUGAAAUCAAAAAGGAUUGCAAUUCAUCAGUAAAUUGCGAAAAGAAGAUUUUAUGGAUCAGAUGGUUGGUUGCCAAAUUGCAACAAUAA